UCGCGCGCGGUCGCAGCCACGCUCGCCGACAGCCAGAUGUUUAGUCCAACCCACUAAGUUUAUGCUUUUGUAUUUGUUGGCCUGCCCCACUAAAGCAUACAGAGGAGAAACAAAAGCCAGUCUCAUUGCGCUCCAUUAAACAGAUGCCAAAUACGCGUUGUGCAAAUGGUGUAAAGGCAUUAUUUUGUCGAAAUUUUUGUUGGACUUUGGCUAACGCAACACCACAUAUUUGUAUUGUUUUAAAUCACGUGAUUUAUGCAAAUUAUCGAGGCAAUUUGUAGCAACAUAAAAAUUUGGAAAUAUUCUCCCCCCUUCAGUGAAGUGAUUGUGUUUGUGCUCGCAGUCGUCUUAGAACGGUGGAAAGGUAGAGCAUCGGCCGACUAACAGCCAGCAGCAACAAAUGAUGUCGAUGAAUAUAACUAUUAAAACGAAGUUAAAGUUGCUCCCGGGCCGCAUACAAAUAGAGCUGUAAAUAAAUAAACAAACAAGCGCGUUCAGUUGUUAUGAUACCGCAGUGAAGGCUUCGCAGAAGAGGAGCACUCUCUCCCUGGGCGAGGACUAACCGAAAGUAAAUUGAAAUUGCAUCACGCUCUUGGGUCCGGUCGAGUGCACACUCUGGUCGGGCUGAAAGCCCCGGUCUCGGGACACAUCGGGCAGCCCCAGCAACACCCACAAUCACAACCACAGCCUCAGCCACAGCACCGGCUAAGGCUACGGCCACGGCUACGGGCAAAUUGUAUUCUAACCAAAUGUAUGCCGGGCGAGCAACCCAAUUUGCGAAAACCAUCAGCAGCAUGGCGUGCAGCUUGCAGAAGCAGCCUCAGGCACCCCAACCGGCAGCCAUGCCAACAUCAUGUGCUGGCGUAGAGGCGGAGGUAACUGGCGGGCGGCCAGGCGGAGGUGGCUCAAGCGGGGCUGGAACCGUUCCCUCCACACCGAAGACCACCAAGGCUGCCCAGCCAAGGGGCUCGCUGCCAACGGAUGUAAACCAGCCCCCAUUGGAAUUCCAAUGGCCGCCGCCCGUUCCCGUCUCGAUACACACGAGCAACUUGCGGCUGAACAUGAUGAACCAGGAUCCCAAGGACCUGCAUACGGCCAGGGCCAUAAUCGAGGAGCUGCGCUCCAAGGUGCGGUUUCAGACGGAGCACAUCAUGAAGUGGCGCAAGGCGUACGCCAUGCAGGUUCAGCAACACUAUCGCUAUCAGAAGGAAAAGUCCGACCAGAUGAACUCGCUCACCUCGCAGCUCCUGCUGCUGGAGUCGCGCCUAAAGCGUAAGCAGAAGCAAAUCGCCAGCCUGCUCAACCACAGGGAGCUGACCAUACAGCGUCAGCAGAAGAUCAUCGACACGCUCUCCUCGCGCCUUGUAGACCACGGCCUGGAGACGAUAGAAGCUAGCUACGCCAACGAGCUGGACUCGCUGAACGACUCCGAUUCAGCAGUGGUGAUGGAGGACAUUGACUCGGACAGCCCGCUGACCCUGGGAACGAGGCGGAAGAGCAGCGGCGCCGGCGGUCUGGGCGGUGUGCUGGGCAGCGAUGGCAUCACCAUAGUGCGCUCCAUAUCCGAUGCAAUCGAGACGAAUCUCAAUAAGUACGGCGCGGCCAGACGUAACAACUGCUUCCUGCGACGUCCCGACAUCCUAGAAACGGUUUAUUCGGUGGAGGAGGACCCCGAGCCCACCUCCGACGUGGCCGAGAAGCGGGACAAAUUCAAGAACCGCUCCGAAAAGGCCCUGAGUUCCAGCUCCACCGAAGGCCAGAUUGACUCUGCGAGCCCCUCGGGCUCCGCCUCCGACAAAGCCAAAGACUUGCCCGUGGACGGCGGCACCGGUAUACAGCGGCGUCAAUUGGGUGCCCUCAAGCGGUCUCCCAGCCAUGAUGCCCCCUGCACAACACUCAGCGUCAAGGUACCCCAGCUCCAACCGCCCUCGCCUCCUCCGCCGAAUACGGAUCCGGUCACCGGGAAAAGUCAGGUAACCAACUACAACCGCGUGAUGCUGAACCAUCGGUCAGUGACCAAACCCAAGGACGUCAAGUACAAGCGCAUCAACAAGGCCAAGUCCAAAAGUCUCGAGGAGUUGCGGGGGCGUCUUAAGAACCUGGUGGAGCGGCCGCCGGGCCUCGAUGGAGGAUACUCCAGCGGCAUGAUGCCGCAGACGGCGCAGUCCUAUGCGUGACAUUGGCAGCAGCCAGACGAGGUCUCUAGCAGGCCAGCGGUGGCGAAGGCGCAAGCGCAGGCGGAGGCGGCGGGGGUGAAGGCGGAGAAUGUAGAGCCCAUGUCGGGGACAGUCAAGCUGUCAGCAGCGAGACGAGACAGUGACCUGAACCCCCAGCCGUCUCAGGGACAGGAGACUGGCAGACACGGCUUCCCGAAGCGGUCACUGACCCUACCCCGCAUCCUAGUGCCACGGCAGUCGAUGGCUGGAUUGCCCAGCUCCAGCGGAGGAGACCGAGGCGGAGGCGGAGGUGGAGGCCGUGGCGGCUUCUAGCAAUUAAAGAAAUUUUUCAUACGCAAUUGUGAUAAAAAGUAAAACCAUUUCCUUACCGUCUCUGCUCGUUUCUGUCCACUUUUAGUUGCUUUAACACGAUUCUCUUUUGUACCAUUUGUUUCCUUGAUAGUUAUCCUGAGCUUAGUUUGGAAAACUUUGCAUUUAAUUAAGUUUAGUUUUAGUUUUACCAACGGAACUGCAUUUUUACUUACCAUUAAAUAUAUAAUUUUACACAAAAUAAAUAUACUUUCAAGCCUA